UUUUCGUCAUUUUUUGAUGAAACGUGUCACGAUGAGUUACAAAAUUCUGGUUGCGAUAAUUUUGUGUGGAAUUUCUUCGUGUCGAGCUGAAGAAGUGACAGGCAACACAAAAAUCUAUGGAGGAACUUACGCGUUACAGAAUGAAACUUUGCAUCAAGUGUCGAUUCGAAUCAUUAGAAAGGAAGAAGGUUUAGGAUUUGGCGGCGGGCAUAAUUGUGGAGGAACGUUAAUUUCGGAUCGGAUUGUUUUGACGGCAGCUCAUUGCAUGUACUACACUGAAAUUGUGAUGAAUCCUCCAUAUUAUAUAACCCGAGAAUACAAAAAGGAUGAACUUUACAUCGUAAUGGGAACUCUUGAUCGAACCAAUAAGACACAAAACACGAUUGUUAGAGCGACAGAAGAUUGGACUAUUCAUCCGGAUUAUGAUACGGAACUUGUAAAUAAUGAUAUUGCCAUCAUUAAAUUAAACGAAAGUGUUCCAACUAAUAUUCCAACGAUCAAGACACUUCCCAAUUUGGGAUUCGAUGAACUUAAAAGCGGAGUCAUUUGUUCAGUUUCUGGAUGGGGAGUGAUGGAAAAUAAAACGAUGCCAAAGCAUCUUUUAUCCGUUGACGUUCCUAUCGUUGAUGCCACUCGCUGCAAUGCCUCCGAUAGUUAUAACGGGACAAUUGAUGAUGGAAUGAUUUGUGCUGGAAAUAUGCAAGAUGGUUUAAUUGAUUCGUGUCAAGGAGACAGCGGAGGUCCGUUUGUGUGUAACAAAAUUUUGUACGGAAUUGUUUCCUUUGGACAUGGAUGCGGAUUGCCAUAUUUCCCCGGAGUUUACACAAAAGUCUAUCAUUUUAAGGAUUGGAUCAAGACUGAGAAGAAUAAGUUGCUGAAUAUCACUGAAGAAGAGGAUAAUCCGCACAAUAAUGGAACUGAUACGGGAAAUAAUGGAGCAGGAAAAUAUUAUUCGAGUUCGGUUUUGAGUGUUUUCUUAGUUAUUUUAUUAAUGUUUGGUCUCAUGUAAAAAAUUAAAAUAAAAUAUUAAAAAAAUAAAUUAAAUUAAAUUUAAUAAAAAAAAAUAUUAAAAAAUAAUAUUCAAUAUAAUAAAUU